AUGCGUUUCAAGCUAGCCAACAAUGAGGAACAUGCAGAAGUUGUCCGCCAAGCCAUGACAGAUUACGAGGAGAGAAAACGGCGCGAGACAGAAGCCAGGUACCAGCGACGCCUCUAUAUAUUUGCCGAAAACCAGGACGCCAUUGUAGCCGGACGGGCAGGCCAGUGGGAGGAGAAGGCCAGGAAAAUUGAAAUUGCCAAGGAGGUUGUUCAAAAACGUGAAAAAUCCUUCAGAGAAUCUGUCAAGGAAAAACUUUCUCAAAAGUUUGAGAAAUUCAAAGAGAACUACCAUAAACAUCAUGUGAGCCGACAAGAGGCCGCGCGAACGAGGAUGGUGCAGAUCGAUGCUGUCAAGCAAUCCAAGGAACGGCAAAUCGAGGAAAAGGCGCUGGCGACUGCCGAGAAGAUACGACGAAAGUCGGAGGCAAGCCAGGAGAACCGUGAAGCGAGUAUCAAUGAAAAAGUGGCAAAAAUUCAAAAGCAGCAAGCGAGAGUAGAGGAAGCAAAGGAAACCCUAAAUCGCAGUAUGGAAGUGUCGAGCGCCAAAAAGUUGAUGCAGUUGGAAGUGAGGCUUGAUCGGUCGGCUGUCAAGCGCCAGCUCUUUGAGGGCGAAAUCAGGAAGAAGGCAAAAGCCAGCUUGGAUAAAGUCGAACAGGCCAAGAAGCGUCGUGAGGAAAGGGCACAGCAGUUCUCAGAGAGUGCCAGGGAAAAUUUAGCACAGAAAUUCGAGAAUGCAGAGAAAGUCCGAGAGCAGAAUACGGUUGCUAAACAACGAGCAUUGGAGAAGCAAGUGGAGCGAGAGACGAAUGCGAAGAGUGCGGCCGAUCUUAACGAGGGACAAAAGUUACUUGAGAAGAUCGAGGAGAAACAGCAGAGAUGGGAAGAGAAUCGUAAGGCAAUUUUGAACACAAAAGUAGAACAGUGUCGACAAGAGAGUUCCAAAGUUAAACAGACCAAGGAAAUUGUCGAGGAGCAGAUACGAAAUCAUGAGAAGGCGACAGAAGAGAAGCUGCAGGCGAAACUGGAUGUGUACAAAGAGAAUCGGCAACGGAGGUUGAGCGAGCGAAAAGUGGUGAAGAAGUCGGCCGAUCGUGCAAGCUUGCAAGAGAUCACUAAUGAGAGUCUAGCAGCCGAACAGGUUCACAGACCAACCAUCGAGGAUAGUGUAAAGAGUGAGAUUGAAAAUGGAGAAAAUCAAGUUGACGGUGAAAAGUUGAAGGAACUAGCAGAGAACUUUAGAAAUCGUAAUUUAGAGUACUUGGGUUUGCGAUAG